GCCGUAGCGGCUGCUCGGGCUGUGCGCGUCCCGGAACAGGCCGCCGCGCGCCGCUCUCGGACCCGCAGCCCCCGCCCGCCUGGCCGGGUCGGGCGGCCCAGGGCGGCAUCUUCCUAUUUCUCCCCGGCCACGGCCCACCUGUCACAGUUGAGUAUCUGGAGCACCGUUGAGCUCACAGUUGAGCACCAUUUGCCUCAAGUUGAUUUCCAGAAGCAGCAGUCCCCAGAGCUGGCCAGGGGAUGAACCGUGAGGGGGCCCCCGGGAAGAGUCCGGAGGAGGUGUACAUUCAGCAGAAGGUCCGAGUGCUGCUCAUGCUGCGGAAGAUGGGCUCCAACCUGACGGCCAGCGAGGAGGAGUUCCUUCGCACCUACGCGGGGGUGGUCAACAGCCAGCUCAGCCAGCUGCCCCAGCACUCCAUCGACCAGGGUGCGGAGGACGUAGUGAUGGCGUUUUCCAGGUCGGAGACGGAGGACCGGAGGCAGUAGCCGCAACCCCCGUGGAACACCCUGGAAGCUGGCCAAGGCCAGGAGAUCUGUGUGGACCUCACCGCUGAGUGGCAGAGGGUCAUCUCCCCUCCCCCUGGCCCCCCACCCCACCCCACACUACCCCACCCCACGGCCACUCAGCAUCCUUGGGGGAGACACCAGUGGUGCGGUCACGAUUGGCUUAAAGAGACGGACUCAUGAUUGGCUGCAGGAAGAAACCUUUUUAUUUUUAAAUCUUGACCAAUGGAAACCUUUUUAUUUUUAUUUUCUGACUCUUAUUUUAAAAAAAGAAAAAAAAUUUGCGCCUCGGGUGUAUGGCUUCCCAGGAAGCUCUCCGAGCUCUGGUGCUUUAUUUGGGUCACUCUUGAGGAACAUGAGGAGGUCCGAUUGGCGGCUUAAACUGGAAAAGGAUUUGAUUGGCUGGCUAAUGGGAACCUUUUUUUUUUCUUUGAUUGGCUGCAGGUGUUAGGCUGAUCACACCAGCUCCUCUCUUUUGAAUGUCGAAAACAGGGUUUGGGACAUUGGUUGUUAUAUUUGACUUGAAAAAAAGAAAGAAAGAAACCAAGUGCGCUUUGCAAUAUUUAUUACACAAAGAGCCUGCUGCUGUUUUCACGUGUUUUGUGUUUGCCUUCCACUGGUUUAGGCGUGUUUCGUUUUCCAUUGGCUCACCCAUGACUUCUGUCACCAUGGGCCACCCACCUGACCUGUGGUGGGUAGGCCCUCUCCAGUGGGGUUGGGGGGGAGGUCCACCUGGAGAGUGCAUUUGCAGUAAUGACUACACCUGGCUUCAUCAGCAAGGGGACCUCCCCCCUCAGGACCCCAAGCAGGAUCUACAGCUGGAAAACAGAGCCCCCAUGGUUGUCCUGAAUGAGCAGCCCAGGGCCUAGAGGAGACCAUUCACCAGAAUGACUUCCACGAGUUGGCAACCAUCCAGCCUCCCUCGGUGAGAAUGGAAUUGCUCACUUGCACCGUCCGGGCCUCCCUAGCCUGCUCUCACUGAGCAGGGUACCUCUUUCCCUUUAGUCAUCAUUCCGUCUGUAGCCAACUUCCUGAGAUCUCAUCCGGGCGGGAGCUGCUCUCAGCUCUAAGACCCCAAAACGUAGCAGAGGUCUCUGCUGGGGAACCCAGAACCCACACCAAGGCCUCAGGUUGGCUUACAAGGCCCAGGAGGCCUUUGGCUCCAACCACCCCACCACCACCACCAUUGCCCCCAGGCUCCUCCCUCGGUGUGUGCUGCCAGGGCCGUGGGUCCUGAUCAGCCCCCAGAGGCCUCUCAUCCGAGGCUGUGCCCUUCACUUCGGAAGACUCUCUCCCCAUGGCAGCUUGGAAGGGACAGUGUCAUUGUUUAUUUAUAAAGUGCCCUCUGGGACAGCUGGCUGGGCCUUCACUGAACAAGUCCCACCAGGCGGGCCUUCCACCCCGGCCGCCAGAAACACACUGCAGAGCACUGAAUGGUCUUUGAAGGGCUGCAGGAACCCCAGGUCUUCCCAGCUGCCCUCCUCCUCCCCUGAAGCCAGCCGUCCUGCUUCCUGCAUCUCUCUCUGGAGGAGAGUGUGGGUGAGGAAUUGAGAAGGAUGCGGGCCUGGGGAGGGGAAGUCUCCACCCCUACCCCCCACACCUCCACCCCUGGAGGUCAUAGACAGUUGAGGCCUGCUUCUUGCCCCAAGAACCCAGAGCCAGGAGAAAACACUCAGAGCCAAAUUUCCCCUUCUCAGCGUGGUCAUGGAGCAUGGGAGCCGAACACCUGCAUGACCAGGGCCCAAGCCUGGGAGCCCCAUGGCUAUUCAUGCUGGACUCUGAGCUUCCUCUGAGCCUCGCCCCAGAGGAAGACCCAAGUGUCACAACCUAGACACCCACGUCCUCCUGCACAAACAGGCCCCCGGCGCUGGCCAGCUGACUGUUAGCCUGGAAAGUUGAUUGAUCCCCAAGGGUCAAGGACAUCUUUCGGGAGGGGCAGUGUGUGGACGCACAUAUGUGUGAGUGUACACACACAGACUCACACACACACAUACCCUCUCACUCCCAGCUCUGUGGCCCGCAGCUCCAGCUGACCACCUGGGGAAAGGUGAAUUUUUGUUCAGUCACCCCACCACCACCCAGGGUUGUAACAUCUGUCAUCAGGCAUCAGUUCUGAUGCUGCUGGCCGCCCCUCUCCUAGUACCUGUGGCUCCCAUAAAGGUGUGUUCCUCUCCUUGUGAAGUUCAUGGGCCUCCCUCUUGUAAUGACAGUGGCCCUAACCUAUC